GCUUUGGACGGCGAAGUAGUUGUUGGAAAGAGUAGGGAAGAGUGGUAGACUAUCCAUUCAUUUAUUAUGGAAUCCCAAGCUAAACAAGAAUACAUCAUCGAGAUGCUCAGUGCGUUUGCUUGACGACGAAGCUUCCAUAUUUAAGGAGUAAGCACAGCCCUAACCGUUGAAUCUCUGCUACCCAAUCUUGGUACAACCACCACUACUGCUACUCUCCGUACUACUUUUACUCCAGCGUCUUCCUCACGAUUUUCCGUUAAAGCCUGCAGCCUCCCCUGCUAAACCAUACUCUCUCUCUCUCUCUGUCGGUUCCAUGUGGUCGUUGAGCUCUGCAUUUUUGCUUUCUGCCAGCCUCGUUUUCAGAUCAACCUACCUACUGCUCAUGGACGCUUCGCUCUCGAAUGCAUAAUAAUUCAAGGGGAAGAAGAAGAAUUGCUAGUCAGAGUCACCUCUUUAGACCUCCCAUCAAUACCACCUAUGAAACUGCAACCCAUUUUUGCAACAUUACCGUUCCUCCUGCUUCUUUCUAUUCUCCCCUUAAAUUUAGCCGACCUAAAUUCAGACAAACAAGCCCUACUUGACUUUGCCUCGAUUGUUCCUCAUGGCCGCAAAGUCAACUGGAGUCCUGCUACCUCAGUCUGUACUUCUUGGGUUGGCAUAACUUGCACCCUGAAUGGCUCUCGGGUGGUUGCUGUUCGGCUCCCCGGUGUUGGACUUUAUGGUCCAAUUCCUGUCAACACCCUUGGGAGGUUGGAUGCCCUCGCUAUCCUCAGUCUUCGAUCAAACCGCCUCAGUGGGAAUAUUCCAACUGACGUACUUUCCCUCCAUUCCCUCCACUACAUAUACCUUCAAGACAAUAACUUAUCGGGUAAUAUUCCUUCUUCUUUCUCUUCCCAGCUCAUCUUUCUUGAUCUCUCCUUCAACUCCUUCACAGGAAACAUCCCACCAAGUAUUAACAACUUAACACAUCUCACUGGCCUGAACCUCCAGAACAACUCCCUGACUGGAUCAAUUCCUCAUCUCAACCUCCCAGGGCUUAAGCAUUUCAAUUUGAGCUACAACCACCUAAAUGGUUCGAUUCCUUUAGCCCUACAGAAGUUCCCCGCAUCCUCCUUUGCAGGGAAUUUGAUGUUAUGCGGGCCACCACUUAACCAAUGUUCUUCAAUUACCCCCGCACCUUCCCCUUCUCCCACUCAUUUACCACCCCCGCCAAAAGUCCCCCAACCAAGUGGUGGUUCCAGAAAGGAGCUGAGUACAGGAACUAUCAUUGCCAUUUGCAUUGGGGGUUCUGCAGUGCUGUUUCUUUUAGUUCUAAUGAUAGUGAUGUGCUGUUUAAAGAAAAAAAACAGUGAGGAUAGCAGUGCGGUGAAAGGGAAGGGUGGGAUUGAGAAGCCUAGGGACUUUGGGAGUGGAGUGCAAGACGCGGAGAAGAACAAGUUGGUUUUCUUUGAAGGUUGUUCUUAUAAUUUUGAUCUGGAGGACCUAUUGAGAGCUUCGGCUGAAGUUCUUGGGAAGGGGACUUAUGGGACAACUUAUAAGGCUAUUUUGGACGAGGGAGGAACAACAGUGGUUGUGAAGAGGUUGAAAGAAGUGGUAGCGGGGAAAAGGGAGUUUGAACAACAAAUGGAAAUUGUGCAGAGGGUCGGUCAGCACCCAAAUAUUGUCCCUCUUCGUGCUUACUACUUUUCCAAGGAUGAAAAACUCCUGGUUUAUGACUACAUAACAACUGGCAGCUUUUCCGCAUUGUUGCAUGGAAACAGGGAAAGCAGACCAACUCCACUAGACUGGGAAUCGAGAGUAAAGAUUUGCCUUGGAACUGCAAGGGGGAUUGCCCAUAUCCAUUCUGCAGCUGGGGGAAAAUUUAUCCACGGCAACAUCAAGUCCUCCAAUGUCUUCCUCACACAAGACCUCCAUGGCUCCAUCUCGGAUUUUGGUUUGACAACUUUGAUGGUUUUGCCUGCUGUCCCACCUAGAAGUGCAGGUUAUCGAGCUCCUGAGACAAUUGAAUCUCGAAAAUGUACUCAAAGAUCUGAUGUAUACAGUUUUGGCGUACUCCUCCUCGAGAUGCUGACAGGUAAAGCACCAAUCCAAUCGCCGGGGCAGGAUGAGGUGGUUGAUCUUCCAAGGUGGGUUCAGUCCGUUGUGAGAGAGGAAUGGACUGCUGAGGUGUUUGAUGUAGAGCUAAUGAGGUACAAAGACACUGAAGAAGAGCUGGUGCAAAUGCUUCAAAUAGCAAUGGCCUGUGUGGCGAAGGUGCCAGACAUGAGACCAACAAUGGGUGAAGUUAUCAGGAUGAUUGAGGAAAUCAGGCCACCUGAUUCUGAGAGGCCAUCACCGUCACCCUCGGUGGGCAAGUCGGGCUCAAAUUAAGAAACCCCAUGAUUCCUCCGUCUAGCCCAUACCCAUAUUCUAAAGUUUCUGCCCUUGAGCUUGAGCUGCAGAAACUAUCCAUUCGGAGAACUUUUCUAACAGUGGAACAUUUCCAGUUGCGUCAUUCUUUUUAGGGUGUUAAAUGUAACAUUUAAAUUGUCUAGCACUUUCCCCCUCUACUGAUUACUGUGACAAAAAUGUUUCCAGACGAUUGUCACCUCUUGACUGUUCUGUAUAUGUGCUGGUCCUUGCCACACACACAAGUGCGUAUGUAUUAUCUACUUAAUUUG